AUGAAGUUCACUCUCAUCACCAUUGCCUUCACAGCCCUGACCGGCACGACCCUCGCCCAAAUCGGUAACGGCGGUGCCCUCAGUGGAGAUCUGGGUAAAGGCCUCGGUGGGGCUCAAGGUCAAGGCCAGGGUCAUGGCCCGGGAGGUCUCGACCUCGAGAAGAAUUUGGCAAAGUUGACUGGACCGGGUGCAAGGGGUCCUCAGGCUCUUCCUGCUGGUUUGACUAACCCGGGUCCGAAGGGUCCUCAGUCUCUUCCUGGUGGGUUGACUGAGCCAGAUGCAAAGGCUCUUCAGGCUCCUCCUGCCUUGACUGGACCUGGUGCUGAGGCUUCUCCUCGUGCUCCCCCUGCCGUGAAGGCCCGUUCCGAAGCCAUCUCAUCUCCAACACCGACCCCGUCUAUCCGAGCGUUCAACGGGUCCGGUUCUAGCGCCGCCUCUACCCCCAUGCCUACCCUCAGACGUGUUAAGCGUACCUUGCUUGCAUCUGCUGUUCCUGCUUCGUCGGCGGUUGUGGCUUCUUCGGUUACUACUCCCAGCUCUAGUGCUGGUGUUAUUGCUCGUUUGGAGAAGCUUCUUUAUUAG